UUUGGAGUUUUGAUGGCUGAGAGUCAGAGUCAGAGUCAGCUCGACAAGGUGCUCCAUCGCACAGACGACCUGAGCAAGGCAGUCAAGGACCUCAAGAUCUUCUUGAAAAAGAAACUAGAGCUCGACGAGUCGUACGCGCGUGAACUCACAAAGCUCGCACGCGAUGCAGAGGCACGGCGACCGUCGUUUGCAGGCCAACUCGUCGACCUGUGGGACGUCUUGGUGAGCAGCUUGGCGCGAGAAGGCACCUCUCGGCUCGGCUUGGUCGAGAAAACCAUGCAAGUUGUCAUUGAAACACUGACGUCCGUGCAUCGCGACGAGCUGGAAGAAGCGGUCAAAGUUAUUGCCGCAGAGCCCCGCCGCCUCUCCUCCGAGCUGACUUCCUCGAUGGCCGAAAUUAGCAGGGCCAAAACCAAAUACGAAAGCGUGGCGAAGGAAUACGAGCAAAUUCUAAACCAAAUUUUGCAAGCGAAUGGCGGCGCUGUGGAAUGGACGAUCAGCGACGCUCGUCUGGCAGACCGCGAGCAGGCUGUGGCUACUCGCCUUGCCGCCGCCGAAACCGCCGUAUCAGAUGCCGUUCAGGUCGCUCGCAAUCAUGCUCGUGAGCUGUCAGAGCACCAGCCCGCCGCCAUCAACGAGUUGUGCCAAAUCAACCAAAACGCAGUGAAUCGCCUGCUCAUGGCCCUCGACGGCUAUGGCGGUAUCGAUGAUAGCACUAUCGGCGUCAUGCAGAGCCGCCGAGACACCAUCUUGGAAUCUGCACAGCUGGUCGAUCCAGUGCAGUACGUCUCGUUCGUGACUCGCCACAAUCUUGGUCCCGGCAACGGUUCUGUCGUUCCUGCUGUGCCCGCAUUUGAAAAGUUUGGAUUCUCGGACGACGCACAGCGACUGAUCGCCAGGAAGGCGCAGGGUAACACUGCCACCGCAGCAGCAGCAGCAGCAGCAACAGCAGCGUCGGAGCCAGCUCGACCUCCUGCUGCCGCUACCGCUCUUGCCGCUCCGUCGCCUGUUCCGCGAACUCAGCGCUCUGGCAGCGUUUCAUCCCCACAGCACAGCAUGCCGCCGGCGAGAUCGCCGGCGCCUACCAGCGCAUCUUCGGGCUCGGCAGCACCGUCGCCCGUCAGCUCUGCAGGCCCUGCACCCAUGCCGCCCCCGCGCAGUGCACGUGCGGCUCCAAGCCCAGUCGCCUCGGCUACUGGCCCUCCCAUGCCGCCAGAGCGGACCCGCACGCAGACGGACGCUUCGAGCACCGCCUUUGACUAUUCGCGAAAGCCGUCGACGCUGCCCCGUAACUUUAACCUGGCGGCUGCUCGCCAGCAGCUGUCCUCCUCCCCGAGCAGCGAGAGCAGCUCGGGCGCGUCGUCAGCUGCGCCGUCACCACCCAGCUCUGGCCCCUCGUCUCGCAAGGCGUCUGUCGACCUGCGCGGUGCACGCCCGGCUCCAAUUCCUCCAUCCCGACCGUCCGCAGGUCGCUCGCACUCGAUUGACGUCUCCCACCAAGGGAACGCCAACCAGGAGAUGGGCGAUGAGGCAGAGGUGGACAACGGGCCAGCCAGCGCUCCCAUCGCCCCAAUGCGUCGGACCAAUCUCAGUGGAAGCCUCAACAACAUUGGCGAGAGCAUCAGCGCAACUCCAGACACUGUCUAUGCCCAGCCUUAUCAGUUUGCGGGUGACGAAGCCAGCCAGCCUCCGCCAGGGCGAUACCCUCCAUCCGUCGCCCCUCGUGGCAGCUCGCCGUCCGCUGCUGCAACAAGCAAAGGCAUCCCUCGCUCUCCCAGCUUGAACACUGUAUCCUCGCGUCCAGCACCCGCACGAUCCGUUCCUUCCCCGAACGCUGCCGGCGCCAAUCCGUCUGCUGGCCAGUACGGUAACUAUGGCAAGCCUGGCACUGAAGUGAAUUCUGCGAUGGCGCGUAUUAUGGAGCGUCGCAAACAAUUGCAGGCCGGCGGCUCUGGCGGCAUUGGCGGCAGCAGCAGCAGCAGCAGCGGCGGUGGUCCGCCAUUGACUUCAGCCGCCCAGGCCGCCUUGGCCCAAAUUGCUGCUUUGAACGCACCGGCACCUGCUCCACGAAAAGUCGCGCUGGCCAGCUCCUAUGUCGAUGCCGAGGAGAUGCCCGAGGCGGGAUCAAUGAGCCUUGGCUGGGAACCCGAAGAGCGCCCUCAGCGACACUUGCUUGCUCCAGUUGAAGCGGAAGAGCAGGUACCGGAUCUCGAUGAACUGGACAGCUUUGUUGAAGCCGACCCCGCGGAAACGUUUGCGGAAGAAGCAGGCGGCGGCGAGUCCGAGUAUGCUGCCCAGGGCGACCAAGCCGACGACGUGUCGUAUCUGGCGAGUCUGGGGCCGUAUCAGAGCUCGGUGCCGCUUCCUCCGAUUCUUGCCAAGUGUUUGGCGUACCUCGAAGAGCAAGGGCUUCAGGAAGAGGGCCUGUUCCGUGUUCCCGGCGACGUCACCAAAAUCAAGGCUCUCAAGCAGCAGUUUGACACGAGCAUCAACGUCGACUUGCGCAGUGUGCUCGACCCGUCUACCGUGGCAGGCUUGCUCAAGCUCUGGUUGCGCGAGACACGCGAGCCUCCCAUUCCAAAGAAUAUGACGCGCGAGUUCAACGCUAUCGUGAGCAGCACGGAACCAGAGCAUAUUCGCGUGCACAAGCUGCGCGCCGCUCUCGAUGCCCUCCCGACGCUCAAUCGCGAGAUGCUUGCAAGCCUCGUUCAUCUCUUUGUCAAGGUGAUUGCCUACGGGCAUGUCAACAAAAUGUCGUUGGAUGCACUGGCACGUUCGAUCGGCCUGUCCUUGUUCAACGGAUCUGGCGUCAACUUUUCCAUCAGCAUGCUGAAGAUGCUCGUCAAUCACUGCUCUCUCCUGUUCCCUCAUAGCUCGUAAUUUGGGCUUCAAGUUCGGACCAGACCGUGUGUGUGUAUGUGUUUCUGCGUUGGUGUGCGUGAGAAUAUGUCUGUGUAUAUGUUUGUGUUAUUGUCAGCGUGUGUUUGCCAAGCGUGUCGAUAUCUUGAUGUCAUCAACGAUUCAUUUGCUAGCCCCCAGAACCCUGC